GCCGCCUCGCGCAGGCUCAGUCCUGCCCGCCCUGGCCCCCGGGGCUCCGGUUGCUAGAGGACGACGACGGCUGCAGCGCCCAGGACGGGGACGCGGGCGACAAGAACUAUGGUGCCCCGUCUGUCGUCCGGGUGGCCGUCACGGCUCUUCUGGUGGCGAGCGGCCCGCACUCCCGGGGCCCACGGGCAGCCAAGCACCCGGAAUGGGGCGUCCAGGGUCCCCCCGGGCGUCAGCCCUCGGGUGCUCGCAGGCGGCGGUCCCGCGGUUCGCAGAGGCAGCUCCUCCCCAUCCUCCCGGGGCCCCGAGGUGGCGCUGACCUGCGAGCGCUACCCCGUGCGGCGGCUGCCCUUCUCCGUGGUGUCUGAGGAAGACCUGGCCUCCUUUGAGCGCAUUGUCCCCGGGAGGGUCGUCACAGACCCGGAGGAGCUGGAGGCCUCCAACGUGGACUGGCUGAGAACCAUGCGAGGCUGUAGCAAGGUGCUGCUGAAGCCCCGGACAACGGAGGAGGUGUCCUGCAUCCUCAGGUACUGUCACGGGAGGAACCUGGCUGUGAACCCCCAGGGUGGCAACACGGGCCUUGUGGGGGGCAGCGUCCCUGUCUUCGAUGAGGUCAUCCUGUCUACUGCCCUCAUGAACCAGGUCAUCAGCUUCCACAGUGUGUCUGGGACCCUGGUGUGCCAGGCGGGGUGCGUCCUGGAGGAGCUGAGCCGGUACGUGGAGGAGCGGGGCUUCGUCGUGCCCCUCGACUUGGGAGCGAAGGGCAGCUGCCACAUCGGGGGGAACCUGGCGACCAACGCCGGUGGCCUGCGGUUGCUGAGAUACGGCUCGCUGCGGGGGACCGUGCUGGGCCUGGAAGCGGUGCUCGCCGACGGCACCGUCCUGAACUGCCUCACCUCCCUGAGGAAGGACAACACGGGCUACGACCUGAAGCAGCUCUUCAUCGGGUCGGAGGGCACCCUGGGGGUCAUCACCGCCGUGUCCAUCUUGUGUCCACCCAAGCCCGGGGCCGUGAACGUGGCCUUCCUUGGUUGCCCGGGCUUUGCUGAGGUUCUGCAGACUUUCAGCGCCUGCAAGGGGAUGCUGGGGGAGAUCCUGUCGGCGUUCGAGUUCAUGGACGCCGAGUGCAUGCGGCUGGUCCAGCACCACCUCCUCCUCGCCUGCCCGGUGCAAGAAAGCCCCUUCUACGUGCUGGUGGAGACCUCGGGCUCCAGAGCGGAGCACGACGCCGAGAAGCUGGGCGGCUUCCUGGACCAGGCCCUGGGCUCCGGCCUGGUGACCGACGGGACCCUGGCCACCGACCAGAGGAAGGUCAAGAUGCUGUGGGCCCUGCGGGAGCGGAUCACCGAGGCGCUGAGCCGGGACGGCCACGUGUACAAGUACGACGUCUCCCUGCCCCUGGACCGGCUCUACGACCUCGUGACCGACCUGCGCGCCCGCCUUCGCCCGCCGGCCAAGCACGUGGUGGGCUACGGCCACCUGGGGGACGGCAACCUACACCUCAACGUGACGGCGGAGGCCUUCAGCGCGCCGCUGCUGGGCGACCUCGAGCCCUACGUGUACGAGUGGACGGCAGGCCAGCGGGGCAGCGUCAGCGCCGAGCACGGAGUUGGCUUCCGGAAGCGGGGCGCCCUGGGCUACAGCAAGCCGCCCGAGGCCCUGCAGCUGAUGCAGCAGCUCAAGACCCUCCUGGACCCCAAGGGCAUCCUGAACCCCUACAAGACACUGCCUGUCCAGGCCUGACGGGGCGUCGGGGUCAGCGGGCGUGGCCGUGGUCCAGUCUUGGUUUUGCCCAUUGGGGUAGGCCUGCAGGGCUGGCCUGAGCUGGGGCCUCCGUCCCACGGGGCCCCCUCGUUGGAGGUCGCCUCCAGGCGGGCGCCUCCCAUCCCUUAGCAGGUGGGGAGCGGGGCCUUCCACAGGCGCUCAGAAACAGGCCAGGGGGCACCCGCCUGUGGGCUGCAGCCCUGGGAGGGGCCUGGUGUCUCUGCCCCCCCCCCCCCCCCCCCCCCGGCAGCGCGGCCCGUGCGGCAGCAGCGAGGAACCCUGUGAACAGCCCGGGGCUGCGGCCACCAGGGCCUGGCUCCCCAGGUGACGCGGGACAGGUGGCUGCUGGGCCCUGGAGUGGCCGUUUCCCCAACCGCGGUCAGAGCUCAGGCGUUUGUUUCUCGAACUUGGCAGUUUGUGUGAUAAGUCCACGCAUGUCAGCCGUGCGCCCCCGCGAAGCCCCCAUGGGCACACGUGUGUGCUCACUGCACACAGCUGCCGUGUUCCUGCUGCCUCAGUGGCCCCUCCUCGGGCCGUCCUUGUUGGCCUGCGGCCCCGGGGCAGUGCCGGGUCUGCAGAGGCCAUCUGGGAGGCGGGACGCGUGUUCUCUCUCUGGCCGCCCUGCCCUUCCUGUGGAAACAGAGUUAAUCUGUCACUAGAGAAGUCUCGUACGCGCCCGUGCGCCGUGGUCCCCGAGCUCCCGAGCGUCGGGGGCGGCCUCUGGGGGCGGCCGUCGCCCCGGACCCUGUCCUGUGCCCACUGUGGCACUUGGGGCCCUGCCCCGCGUGGCUUCUCCCUGGCCGUCAGAAGUGGGUCGGCUCGCGUUCGUGAUGGCUUUCAGUGGCCGUCGUGUGACGAAGCAAGUUUAUUUUGGAGAAUUAAAGUAGUGCUCGAAGUGUU